AUGUGCGCAGCUGCCGCUCACGUCGGCUGCCACGCCGCCACUUUGAAGUCGGCGGCGGAGGCCGACGUGAUGUACGGACGCGUUGUGUUUCCACAUUGUGUCUUGCAGGUGAAUGGCCAGGACCUGACGAAGGCGACCCACGAGGAAGCCGUGGAGGCGUUCCGCACCGCCGCCGAGCCAAUCAUAGUCGAGGUGCUGCGGCGCGUAUCCAAGCAACCGAAGUCAACAAACAGCAAUGGCGGCAGUCCGACAAGCGGAGGCGGAGGGGACAGUAGUGGGAAGCCGUCGCGCUCGUCAAGUCAGAUCAGCGUAGCGGUGCAGACGGAGGGCAUGGCAGAUAGGAGGGCUCCCACGCCACCUCCCGCUCUCUGCUCCUACAGCUCCGGACUGUGCAUACCCGAGUCCCGGCAACCAGUGUCAUUCAUUGGGAAUGAGAUGCUGACAGACAUCGAACUGGAAGCCGGGUUCGGCCAUACCAAUAGGAGAUUUCUACGAGGAUGGAGAAGCAUUCGAGAUGGAUACGACCGCGACCUAUUUAGAAAUUCUUC